CUUGAUUUGGUUUUUUUUUUUUGAAAUCUGGAUUAAUUGGGACCCCGUAGUCAAUAGACAAUCUUUCCAAGCUAGUAUCGUGUAUCCACGUGUGUGCCCAAAUUUGCUAAAUGCGACGAUUGUGAAUGUCGUUUUGUGUCCAGACUUUGACCCCACGUGACUUUCCUCCACACACCGCGGCAGCGGAGGCGGCAGCGGCGGCGGCUGUUUGCGCAGGUCUUCAGAUGGAGUCUGCAGAUGGGCAGCGGGGGCGGGACACGAGCCAAAGGCGCUCUCCUCUUGACCUCAUCAUGAACCAGAUCCGCAGGAAGCGCACGGCGGCAGACAGGAAGCCUUCUGUCCUGUCUUGUACCUCGGACAGAGGAGGGAUCCCCGAAGACACCGAGGACAGAGAGGGGAGAGGAGAGGGCCCAGCUGUAGCUGACUCGGUGCAGACGGAGCGAGACCUGGCCUGGGGGAGGGUGUGUGUGUUCCUGCACCAGCUGGGCAAGACAGCUGACCAUCGUAGCCUGAAGCUCGCUCACUGUGACCUCACUGCAACCGACCUACUAGAGCUGGCUACUUUGCUCUGCUGCCUGCCUCAGCUGGAAGAAAUGGACCUGUCUUGGAACGAGCUGAUUGGCGGUUCUCUGCCCUCACUGACCACUCAUAUCCAGCACGUGGGCAGGAUCAGAACUCUGAAGCUGUGCAGCUGUAGGCUGAACGCUGAUGACAUCACUGCACUGGGUGAGGCUCUUGAGUGUGUGCCCUUCUUGGAAAUGCUGGAUUUGUCCUGGAAUGUUGGCGUCGGGGGCGGAGCUUUGCGUGGCCUGCUGGAUAAACUCCACCCACAGCUCAGGGAGCUACACCUGGUGGCCUGCCAACUCAUUUCCACCGACGCAGCUAUACUGGGAGCUGCAGUGAGCGCUCUGCCUAGGCUGUGCGUGCUGGAUGUCUCCUGCAACCCUCUCCUGGCGGAGGAGUCCAACGAGGAGGCGUCGGGGGGCAUCAGACGGCUGGCUCUCUCCCUCUCUCACAUCGCCUCCCUCGCCACGUUACGUCUGCAGGCGUGUGGACUGACGUCACACAGCCUUGACGCCCUCGGUGGUUUGUUCCGCUGCCUCCCAGCUAUGCGCGAGUUGGACCUGUCCUGUAACAAAGGCCUGUCUGGCGGGUUGUCUCACCUCACCUCCCACCUGUCUCACCUCACACACCUGGAGAGCCUUGACCUGCACCUCUGCUGCCUCACACACAGCGAUCUGGAGUCUCUCGUCCAGGUGCUGCCCUCUCUCCCUGAGUUGACGGAUGCGGAUUUGUCGGCGAAUAGGGAGGUCGGGGCUAUGGUCCAUUCCCUCGUCUCCACCCUGCCACUGCCACAGAUGAGGCACCUCCCGCUCAGCGCCUGCAGCCUGACUCAAGAGUCAUUCACCGCCCUUGCGUUGGCUGUGCCAUUCCUCAAAAGCGUGGAUGUGUCCUGGUGCAAGGUGGUGGGUGGUCGCCUGGCGCUGCUGUUGGAUGCUUUGCAGCCGUCAGUCAUCCGGGAGCUCCGCCUCAGCAGCUGUCAGCUCACCACCGACGACCUGCGUCACCUAGCUUUGGUGUGUAAGCGUGGCUGUCUGUCCUCUCUCCGCCUGCUGGACCUGUCCUACAACAGCCGGGUCGGGGACGAGGGCUGGGCUGGGCUGUUUGGUGCCGGAGGAGGCCUGGGCUCGCUGGAGGAAGUGGACGUCAGCCUCCGACCUGCGAGCUCCGCCCCCGCUACCGCCUGGAUGCCCUCCUUGCUGGCGGCCUUGCCAAAUUUACCCGCCCUGGCUCGGCUGGCGAUGCAGCGGUGGACGCUCACCAGCCAGGCCAGAGACCGCCUCGGCCACGCCCUCAAGAAGAGGCACGUCCAGUUGGAGUGGGACCCGCCCACCAAGGACGCUACCUCAUCAUAUAGCCCGGCCAAUCAGGACAGGGCUGAGGAGCUUCACAGUGAGGAGUGAGGACAUACACAAUGACGUCAGCCAGGUUGAAGAUAAGAGAGUCACAGAUCACUCAAACACUUCUUGCACUUUUAAUACUACCAAAGAAAGAAAGCUUUGUUGUACGAUUAUCACACAAAUGUUCACUGAUUUAAUAUAAAUUCACAACUUUCCCAUCUUUAUAAUGUAGUAAUGAUAG